AUGAUGAUCAUAAUAGCUAUAGAGAACAGUAUGGUGCACAGGAGAAUUGCUAUCAAAGUCUUGCUAGUGUUCGGAUGUUCACAUUAUAGAUUAAGUUUCCUUCUCUUCUUUACAAGCAUGUUUCUAUCGAUGUGGAUCUCCAAUAUUCUUGCUUGUGGUCUGAUGAUGCCAGUCGUCAAGGCCAUCCUCAUGGAGCUAGAGAAGAUGGGGAUCGUAGAACUGUAUCAAACCAUUGGAAAAGCAACUCAAAAAUCUAAUAGACAUGAACAAAACGUGCCAAGGCCGUCGAACUUCACUAUAUUUUAUUUUCUUGGACUUGCCUAUUCGUCUUCCAUUGGUGACAUGGCGACUAUGAUGGGUAGUCAGACCAAUCAAAUAUUUAAGAUUUACUGUGAAACCAUAUUUCCACUCGGACCAAAGAUAGAGUUCCCUCACUUCAUGUUGCUAAAUCUACCUGGAGUACUAGUCAUGGAAACGCUUCUGUACAUGUGGAUGAACUUCACUUUUUUGGGAAUGUUCAGAGGUCGAAGCGAUGUAGAGGUCGGCCUAACGGAAGAGGAGACCCAGUACAUUGACACGCUGCUAGCCACUCAAUACCAACAGCUAGGAAAAGUAAAGUUCCAUGAAAUUGCAGUAUCGACCAUCGCAGUACUGACAGCGGUGUUGCAAGCUACAAUCAGCACUGCCCACAUCGACCAGACGACGAACGGAAAUCCGGACUUUCAUAAACACUUCAGAGUGUCAUCACCAUGUGCGCUGUGUGUUAUUCUAUUGUUCGUGACGCCUGUUAACUUGGAUUUUCUCAGAUAUUUCAAGACACAGUCAGCCGGCAGCAGCACUCUCUUAGAGUCACUUAGAGACUCCGACAUGAUACUAGAGUUUGAGAAAUUCCUCCUGAUCUUCGAGAGCUGGCCGGCAUCAGCUCUGGUCUUCAUCGUCGUGAUCUUCUGCAAGAUUCUUACUGAGUUCGCGUCUAACUUCUGUGUAGUCUACGCUCUACUGCCUAGCAUCGCUAAAGUGAGCGUACUCUGCGACGUAAACCCUCACUACCUGAUGAUGGCGUCGACACUGGCCAGCUGUCUGCCCUUCCAUCUAGUCACCGGCGCGCCUGUCAACGCCAUGGUCAGCGCUUACGUUAACAUUCCACCUUGGACAAUGAUGUACGCUGGCCUCGGUCCAUCAGUUAUUGCGGUGGUGGUGAUCUGGUUCACAGUGGCGGUGUGGUCCACUGCGAUCUGGACGGACAUCACUCUCAACCCGGAGUGGGCACACGCUAACAUUUUCAGAUUAUUGAGAAAAGGACAUUAGAAAUAAGAUGAUUAUAGUUUGUUGCGGUGAAAACUUAGACUUACUUUUGUGUUAAAGUAAAUGAUACCUUAGUAAUCUAACUUUAAGAUUGCGUAUACUAUAUUACCUUAAUUAAUAAGUCUGUGAAUGUUACAUUUUGUCUAUGUAAACUAUUUAUAAAGAUACUGUUACUGGUACACAUGCUUUAAAAUAGCAUGCUAAAAUGCGUUCUAUUGAGCAUGCUCAAAUAUGUACCAAAAUCGGACGCCUAUCAAUCCGCAAACAUGCCUGACAUGAGUAUGCUAAUUUUGAGCAACAUUUCGACACACAUGCUAUUAAGUGACGAGGCUUAAACUGUCAAACACCAAGCGGUCACCGGUGACCGCUACCUAUUGUUCGAUAAUUGUGUCUACAAAACCGGUACUCGAAGAGUUAAUUGAAGCAUGCGUUCGUGUUUAAUUUUCGCAUGUGUAACAGUAACCUAAAUGGUGCAAGGUCGAUGUCACCUAAACAUUGUUUUGUUUGAAGCAAUAACUCUUGGCUAAGGACAAGAAAACCGCAAAAGAAAUAAAAGAUAAUUUAAUAUAUUUGCAACAUAUUUAUUCAACAACACAUUCCUUCGAACCACUAUUUACAAAAUGAGCGCAUUACGUACAUUUAUAUACUAUAUAAUAUACAUAAGGCCAUGACAACAUAUAGGUAUAUAACUACUAUAAUUAUCAUGUACCUUAGGCAUCAAUUUUGGUCUGUAAUAGACAAAAUGUCUGCUAAAAUGGGUUUAAAUAAAAUUUGUGACAAUAUACAAAUCACAACCAACUUAUAAAUAAUAAUUUGAAGU